UUGAAUCAGCGCAACUGUAAUUCGGAAAGCGCAUCACGCACUUCUUUUGACUACCUACCUAGGUACAGUUAAUUACAUUCAAGGGCCUUCGUUUCUUUCACUCAUCAAAACCUUCAUCAUGAACACUCUCUUCAAUACCGCACUCAAACAAUCCACCUCCCUUCGUCGAGAUCUUUCCUCUCUCUCUCCACCCGAAUCGCAACCCCUCACUCCAUCUCUCCUCGGUCAAAUAUCCUCAUCUCUAACCUCCUUUUCAAGAACUCUUGAUUCUUACGCUUCCCUUCAAUCGGCCGAACUCAAUCCUUCCAAAAAGGAAAAGGCCUAUGAACGAUUAACUACCUUCCGUUCUGAACUACAAGAUUAUCGCUCCCAGUUUGCAACUCUCAAAUCGCAAAAUGAAGAUCAUCAAACACAGAUAGAUAGGAGUGAAUUACUUGGAAGGAGGCCACAUCAUGCAUCUACGCCCGAAAAUCCUUAUGCAAAUACAACCAGUGCGGCCGCUGCUCGGGAUAGUCCAUGGAGACGAGAGGGUGGACCUGGUGGAAGUCAGCUGUCUAUGAAUAGUGGGGAUUAUACAAGGGAAUCGCAUGCUUUACGGGAACAAUCCUUCUUUCAAAAUACCCAUAGUGCGUUGGAUGAAUACCUAGCUCGUGGACAAGCAGUUUUAGGCGAUUUGGGACAACAAAGAGAAAUGUUAAAAGGGACACAAAAACGAUUGUAUAGUGUGGCAAAUACCCUGGGCGUAUCUGGCGAUACGAUUCGCAUGAUUGAGAGACGUGCGAAGCAGGACAAAUGGAUUUUUGGAAUUGGGGUGGUGAUAUUUUUUGCCUUUUGUUGGGCUGUCUUACACUUCUUGAGGUAACGUAUUCAGUGCAAUAGGGUCAUCAUCGGCAAGGGAGGAACAAUCUUGAUAGUUAUGAAUUUAGGUUUGGGAGUGUGUAUGAAUAUUUGGCAACUGUCGUUUUCUUGGUAAUAUAAGCGUGGAGUCUGGAGUAUGGUUCGGCUCAAAAAGGGGCGGCUGUUCGUGCGACGGCGAACGUCAAGCAUCUCAAUUUUGAUAUGUAUAACGGAAUAUUCACGAAUGGCUUUGACCAAGUUCUACAAACAGUUUCCUAGCUAUGUCAGUGUCUUGGAAAUUUCCUCG